AUGGGCAGGGCAGGCCGCCUGAUAGUCACAGUCCUCCCACUCUCCUUCUCUGCCCCCGACUCGGACGAUUGGGCGAUUUUGGGAACUCCGCCGGGCCACAACUCAGAGGAUCCUGUCAGAGCUCGGCUUUCGUUGCACACCGAACGGAGUAUCACCUGUUCCGACUUGCUUUCCUACGCCCGGGCUUCCCAAUUCAUGCUGAAGUGGGAAGGUAACGCCAAAAGUUUAGAAUCCUAUACAUCAAAGUCAUAA